AGUAAGGACUAUAAGGAAAGUGGAUUAUCGUGCCGGGCCUGUUUAAUGGGCCGGUACCGGUCCGGUCCCGGGUCGGGUCAGGGGUAAAACAGGAAAUUAAACGAAUUAGGGUUUUUUAAGGGAUCCUAUUUAUAUAUAAAUUAUUGCCUCUUCUUUUCCAUUUGUCUUCUCCAUCGGCAGCAGCAGGAAGAGCAACAAAACCCUAAUUUGAAGACCCAAUCAUGCCGAAGCAAAUUCAUGAGAUCAAGGAUUUCCUCCUAACAGCAAGGAGGAAGGAUGCACGAUCUGUCAAGAUCAAGAAGAACAAGGAUAUGGUUAAGUUCAAGGUUCGCUGCUCCAAGUACCUGUACACACUCUGUGUGUCCGACUUUGAGAAGGCUGACAAGUUGAAGCAGUCACUUCCUCCAGGUUUGAGCGUCCAAGACCUUUGAAUAUGGAGGAGUUUGUGUUUCCCCCCUUAGAUUGAUUAGAUACUGGAGAACUCGAAGAACUUGUGUUCCUUUUAUCAUUUGCUUGUCCUGUCUAAUAUCUAAAUUUUUGUUCAUUUUUAGAUAAUAUUGUGUUGCUUUCUCAGUUGUCAGCAUUGACUUUAUUUUGAAUCUAAUGGUGUUGACUAGAA